AUGCAUGACCCCGGCUUAUUAAUGCUGAGUUCUGACCCGCGCGCGUUCGGCGGGGUUCUGCACCGGUUGGCGCGCGAUUCUGCGCCGUCGCUAUGCAAGCGCCCGCCUGACAACCGCAGAACUCCAACGGAUAUUAAUGAUCAGUGGUCAGGAGAUGAACCUGGCAGUGAGAGCAUAUUUGAUUUGGUUGAUUCAGGUACUUGUUUAGAGGAAUCCCUCUGUACAGACUCAUCAGAGAUUCUCACACUGGAAGCUGAGGAGCCCAGUACAGACCCCCUGGAUAAUGCCCUGGAGUUCAACAGACAGCUCCAUGUCUCUCUGCAGAAAAAACAGGAGGAAAUCUCGGCCUUAAAGGAGAAGAACGCUCAGCUGAAGGAGUUAGCCAAGCAGGCCGAGCAUUACGCUAAAAUAAUGGGCGUAAGUGUUUCUUGCGUUUACUUUGACAGACAGAACGAACCCAAGAUAUAUCAUAUUUUGUAUGCUCAACUUAAUUUCAUACAGCACAUGACUUCAGCUUCUGCUGUUCUGUUUCCUUUUUUGAAGGUUCUCAUACCACAGCCUGUGUCACGCCCGGCUUCUGGACACAAACUGCUCACACACUGCUGCAACGCUGAGUUAUCGGAAUGGCAUUUGGCAGCGUCCGAGAAUUUUUGGCUGCCUUCUGCCUCGAUAAACACACAGCAGCAGGCCUUGUCCAAAACAGGCGGGGUCAAGAGGCAGUUAUGGCCUAAUGAUCAUGAUGGGAUUUCAAAAGACUCUGAACCUGGAAUCCACUCAAGUAGUUCUGAUCAAGAUCUCUACUCAAGAAAUUUAUGUCAAGAACCCUACUUAAGAAAUUCUGAUCAAGAUUCUUUCUCAGGAAGUUCAGAUCAACGCUUGCUUUCAAGAAAUUCUGAUCAAGACCCAGUUUUAACAAGUUCUAAUCAAGACUCUUUCUCAGGAUGUUCAAACCAAGACCCCUAUUCAGUAGGUUCUGACCAAGACCCAUGCCCAGGAAGAUCAGAUCAAGACCCCAUUUCAAGAAGUUCUGAUCAAGACCCAAACUCUAGAAGUUCCAUUCAAGACCCCUUUUCAAUACAUUCAGGUCAAGACCCCUUCUCAACAAGUGCUGACUCCUUAUUAAGACAUUGCAACCAAGACCCCUACUCAAGAAGUACUGAUCAAGACUCCUACUCAGGGAGAUCAGCUCAAGACCCCAUUUCAAGAAAUUCUGAUCAAGACCCGUUUUCAAUAGUUUAUGAUCAAGACCACUUCUCCACAAGUUCAGAACAAGACCCCUCCUUAACAAGUUCAGAUCAAGACCCCUCUUCCAGACGUUCUAAUCCAGACCUCUUUUCAGGAGGUUCUAAUCAAGACCCUUUCUCAAGAUGUUCUGACAAAGAACCUUUCUUAUAUAUUCCUGGCCAAGGGACUUUCUCAAAAAGGUCAGAUCAGGACCCUUUCACAGGAAGUUCCAACCAAGACCCCUACACAAAAACAUCUGAUCCAAACAGCCUUUUGCAAAAUUUUGAUCAAGACCCAUUUUCAACAAGUUUUGAUCAAGACCCAUACUCAGGAAUUUCUUAUCAAGAUCCCUUUUCUGGAGGUUCCAACCAAGACCCCUGCUUAAAAAGGUCAAAUCAAGACCCUUUUUCUGAAUGUUCAGAUCAAGACCCCUCCUUUAGACAUACUGAGCAAGACCCGUACUCAGGACAGUUAGAUCAGGACCCCUUAUUAAGAAUGUCGGAUCAAGACCCCUACUCAACAUCAACACUCAUAAACAGUUAUGUUGUAGAAAACAGUGUGAGCAGUUUUCUUGAAGAAGCUGAUGAGGAAAACCACUCUGAUCCUAAAAGGCUCAAACUGGACCUAGAACGUCUUCAGCUGGACUCUUCUGGAAAAUUCUGUUUAACAGAACCAGUUCUUAUGAAGUCCAGACUAGAAUCACCUUCACACCAGACCAGUCGCUGUUCUCAGUCGCUGAACACAGAGAUGAUUCAGGUGUUCGGAGCGUUCCACGGGCUGAAGGUGGUGAGGACCAGGCGUUCCAUCACUUCUGACCGUUCGGACUGUGGACGUGAAGGGGCUGCUUGUUUUAGAACCUCGGUCCGAGAGCACAGCACGGUCAGAACCAACGUCUUCCUGCACGGAAAAACCUUCACCUCUCACACACCUGACGGCAGCUGCAGGUUCCUCUGGGUUCCAAACCAGAACUGAACCAUUUCCUCUUUUCGCAGAUGUAAGUUUAGAUAAAAUAUUUGCAUUUAUAUACCGACCAGAGUCUCUAAUAUAGUAACAUGUUAAUUCUGCAUUAGCAAAAGGGGAAUUCCUCCAGUUAAGAGUUCAGUAUUAGGCUGCUUUUACAUCUAUGUUGUUCGGUCCGGACCUUUGGACCUUCCAGUUUGGUCUGAACCAAAAUAGCAAAUUCGAUUGGUCCAAACAAACUGAUCCAGAUUAUGGUGCUGGUGAUUCUGUAUCUACUGUAACUGUAGAUUAAUUACAGAGCAGUAUGGGUACAACAGAUUACAGUGCUGGUGAUUCUGUAUCUACUGUAACUGUAGAUUAAUUACAGAGCAGGAUGGCUACAACAGAUUACAGUGCUGGUGAUUCUGUAUCUACUGUAACUGUAGAUUAAUUACAGAGCAGUAUGGCUACAACAGAUUACAGUGCUGGUGAUUCUGUAUCUACUGUAACUGUAGAUUAAUUACAGAGCAGUAUGGCUACAACAGAUUACAGUGCUGGUGAUUCUGUAUCUACUGUAACUGUAGAUUAAUUACAGAGCAGUAUGGGUACAACAGAUUACAGUGCUGGUGAUUCUGUAUCUACUGUAACUGUAGAUUAAUUACAGAGCAGUAUGGGUACAACAGAUUACAGUGCUGGUGAUUCUGUAUCUACUGCAACUGUAGAUUCAUUACAGAGCAGUACGGGUACAACAGAUUACGGUGCUGGUGAUUCUGUAUCUACUGUAACCGUAGGUUAAUUACAGAGCAGUAUGGCUACAACAGAUUACAGUGCUGGUGGUUCUGUAUCUACUGUAACUGUAGAUUAACCCUUAUUUAUAAACACUAAUAAAAGUAAUCUGAGAGGAAUCUGUUCACUAAACUGCCAACCCA